AUUUUGUUGGCAAUCUGGAAUGGCUGAAAUGAUUUUUAUUUUUAAUUUUUCAUGAUCUAAGUUCUAAUGUUAUUGUAAUUAAUAAUAAUAUUAAAAAAACACGUACUUUGUUAAGAACGUGCACGUAGAAUGUUAAGUCAUCCGAUCCGUCGAGCUGAUCGCGAGCCGUUUCCGUCCGAUUAUUGUAUAAUGAUUGCGCGACGCUAUUACACUGUGCCUCCGACCGGCGCGUAUUGCCGGGGGCCGUUCGUCGAAUUAAAAUCCGUUUGCCGUUCGGUCGUCGCGAAUUUAGUGGAUAUUUCGCUUGCCGAAGCGUACGGGUAGCUUCUUAUUAAUUCUCAUUCGUAUUAUGUUCGACGUGUUCAAUGAUUUUACUCAAAGUUCUUUGCAAAACUCAUUUACAUAUGAAAUGCUGCUAGUACUGCAUAUAUUUAAGCUUAAGCAAACCGUUUUGCUAAUUUUUAUCCAACCAAUAUAUCUUAAAAUGUAUUCAUUACCUAUCUAUUUGCUUUUUUUUUUAACAUUUCAUGAUUAGUCACCCUAACUCAAUGUUAUAAACAUAAUGAAAUUGAAUAUUUUUAAUCUUAUGCAGAGAUUUGUGUAAUUAUCUGUUACCUACCUAUAUAGGUAUUCUUACUGCUCUAAGAUGUCCAACUGUAAUUUAGUAGAUAUGCCUAGUACCCUAUCAUUUUGAAUAAUUUAUACGAUUCUUUGUUUAACCAUAAAUUCAAUGUUCUAUAACAGCUUUUAAGAAAAUAUUCAUAUUUAUAAAAUCAAUUUAUAUUUUUCAUGUUAAACACCUAUAGCUUGAAUUUAUUACUAAAAAUUAUGAAAAUAUUUUUACGCUUAAUGCUGUGUUGUUGGUAUCAAAUUAUUGUUUUUGUUGAACUGAAAUAGUUAAAAUAUUGAUAGUUUAUCAAAAGUACUUAUUAUAUAUCAUAAAUGAUAAAAUGUAACCUAAAUCGAUAUUUUCUACAUAUUUAAAAGUAGGUAUGUAUCAAAUUAUUUUCAAAUUGCUUUUAACCAUUAAAAAGAAUAGUAAUUGAGUAGGUACUAAACAUUAUCCUAUUAUAUCAAAAUCCAUUGAAUUCCUUUCGUUCGGUGUUUUCAUUUAUGAGUCGCAACUCAUCAUCUGGGCGUAUAUGAAUCCAAGUAAUUCUGACAGCUCGACUAAUGGUAUGAAAAUUGAACAUGUCCAGAAAUGAAAGGCAUAGAAGUGAUAAAAGAGCUUCAUCAAGUCGUGCCAGAUCUAAAGAAUCACCAAGAAGAGAGUUGGAAAAUGUUGUUAAGAGAGCUCGAAAAGAUAGAGAUCAAAGUCAAUAUUGGAUUAACAAAGUCUUAGAAGCUGAAGAAAAAGAUCCAAACAGAUGGAAACAUUCUGGUUAUAAAGAAUUGUACAGUGAUCGAAGAUCUAGGUCAAUCAGUAGGCGUUCAUCUAGUAGCUUUUCUUCUAGUUGUUCUCGUACAUCUAUUCGUAGAUCUCCUUCCCAUAAGCGACGUAAACCUCUUUCACGGUCUCCCGAUUUAAGAAGAUCACGCCGAUCAUUAUCACUUAGAAGGGGAUCUCCAUUAAAUAGACGCCGUUCACCAUAUCGAACUAGAAAGUCUCCUUUAACUUUACAUUCUAGAAGAAGACGUAGGUCUACCUCGGAGUCACCAACAGCCAAUGGUUCACGUAUAAGGCGGUCUAGAUCUUUAAGUAGAAGACGCAGAUCUCCUUUACUCGGUCGCAGCCGUAGAUUAGGAAUAACUUCACCACCUCCUAAAAGAAGAGUGUCUAAAAAACAUGGUCUUAAACGUAUUCGAACAUCAUCAGCUGAGGAGGUACGUUCAUCAAGUGUAAGUUCAUGUUCAGAUUCUCAUUGUUCAGUAUGUGAAGCUAGAAUACCUGCUGCUAGACGUGAACCACCACCAGAACCAUUAGCUAGGCCAAAAUCUCCAAAAAUGUCUAGACCUGUUAUUCCCAUACAUGAACGUUCUAGAUCAAGAUCAUUUUCAGUACCAAGGUACACACCUGUAGUAGAAGUAAGUUCUACUACUGGAUUACCGAAGGCUGGUCCAAUUCCAGAGCCUGCAACUACUAAAACUAAACGUAUCAAAAAAGUGAAAUCGCACAAAAAGAAAAAAUCACAUAGAUCAAAGUCUUCACAAAUUGAAACUGCUGUUUUACAUCAACCAACAAUAAAAGUAGAAUCUAUGUCUGAAGAAGAAUCUAGUGUUGGUGGUUCAGAUAUGCCAAUGAGUUCUUCUUCUGGAGGUCAAUUAACAUUAUCUGAACGUUUUAGUAAGAUGGCUCAAAUGGGUCGUGCCCAUGAGUUACCACAAAGGAGUCUUCGUGUAACAGCUGGUGAUGAAUUCAGAGUUGAAAUGGGUUCACCUCCUCAUCCAUUUCCUACUCCAGCUUUAGGGUCAUUACCUGAGGGUACAUCUAUUGAAGAUGUUAAAGGCCGUUAUGCUUAUUAUAAAGAUCAAGGGUAUUUAGGCGAUCUUACAUUAACUGAUUAUGUCAAGUGGGAAGAAUGGUGGUAUAAAUACCAAGAUUGGUUAGAAGCAGAACGUGCGUAUGAUGCUCAUUUGGAUAGGUAUAGAGACAGACGAUAUAGAGAUGAACCUCCUAUAUUCUGACACGAGAAAAGCUCCAUGCGUGGUCAUCAGCAAUAUACAGAAUCUGACGAAGAUGUGUAAUGAAAUAUAGUAAUAACAAUAAUUGAAAAUUAUUAACAGUUAAAAGUUAUCAAUAAUAAUUUGUGAUCUGUGCAUAGACAAAUAUAUUAAUUGUUGAAAAUAA